CGGUGUUAGAGCCGCAGCCCAUUAUCAUCGCGAGCCAAAACGGAAUCCGCAUCUCACGGAUGCCGAUCGGUACUGGGAGCGCUACGAGAAAUUCCGCGAACGCAAAAUGGCGAUGAUGCGCGCCCACAAACUAAAUGUCGAGCAACGCAUAAAGACUGAGCAGCAGCAACAAAUUUCCAACAAUAAUCCCGAAAAAAGUAAUUUUCUCUUCCAACCGAUCCACAAGCACGUGGUGAAGCACGAAGGACGUCGCACGUCACUCGAUCCCAACUGGUACACGGAAAACAUUUAUUCCAACCAGUCGAUUGACAAUUCGGACGACGACAAGAUCCGGAAACGCUUCAACGCCUAUUCGCUCGAUUUGAACGGAAACGACGACGAAAGUGACGAUUUGUUCAUAAUUAACCUCAAACCACGUGGAAGCCCCAGUAAAACGAUUCCAAGUCGAUACCCGAAAUCGAAUAGUUGCUGUUUCGGUCCCCGGGCAUCGGAUCGCCCGAAUAUUUCCAAGUCGCAUUCAUUUUCGACGGCGCGCGGGUAUGACUUCCCCCUGGAAAUGUCGGAAUUUUAUCGGCCGCCCGUCAAAAGAUCGAAUCUGAAAAACACAAAUCGUUAUUUCGAGGAAGAGGCGCACCGACGACGACUCGUGGAUGAAACGUGGCUUGCGGAUGGACCGUGUCCCGGUACAAGUCGCAAAGUGGAAAAUCGUUUUCGUAAUUACAAAGCGACGAAUGAGUGGGGUUUGGACCAUAACGAGCUGUUUAACGACGCGGACAUCUUUUCGUUUGACUCGGAUGUGGCUUCGGGCGGCGAUUUGGUGCACGAUAAUGGCUUAAAUCAGUUGUUCAAGGCUGAGCGAUCGAAAAUCAUGUUGCGCGAUAAGUUUGACAAGCUGAACAAAUACACGGACGACUUCAUGGAUGACUACAACAAGUCCUUUGACGAUAUUUUGCGAGUGACGGAAUACACGUCGCCCAAUAAAAAUAACAUCCGGUUGGAUAUCAAGCCCAGCAAAUACGAUGACUCGUCGUCGGAGGUGUCAACCGACACGGAUCUCGAGCUAGACGACUUUAAUUUCGAUUUCGAGAAAUACUGGAUGGAUUUGGAGAAAAAUGACGAUCUUGACAUCAAUCGUAAUACUUUAACGAAAAAAGAGGUGAAAAGUCUAAAAAAUGUCAAUGUUGAACGUUAUAACAAUGCCAUGGAUAACUUAAACGGAAAUCUCGAUGAAAUUGAUUCGUAUGACGAACUCACCCGAAAACUCGAACAAUCCGGCAUCGGCGAUGCGAGUUACGUGAACGACGAAGCAGAAACGCCUUUCGACAAGUAUCGCGACACCGUUGGUCGCAGUCACCGUUUCAGCUUGCUCAAUAACAUUUUUUCCAUUUACAAGCCCAACAAGUAUUCGCCGCUGAACUGCCAGCAAUCCAUGAUCGACAAAAAUAAUCGUCUAAAAUCGCUCAAACUCGCCAAGAAAAUUAAUCGCUCGAGCAGGUUGCGUCCGUUGGGCGAAUCUUCGGCGAAUCGCCCACCGGUUUUUAUCUCGUCAUGCAAUCGUCCGCUCAUGAUUACGAGUUCGCCACCUUUUCUGCCUUCGCCGCAUCCGACACGGGAUCAGGCACGCUUUCAAAUUAUCCCCGAAAAGACUGGUCUCAAAAUUUCGCCCCUCUACCGGCUCGACUACGAGCACGGCCUGAAUAACCGGAAGCACAAGUACAAUUACUUGAAGAGCACAACGCGACCGCUGACGUUUUGGUGAAAAUUAAUGCACACUUAUUACCUCAAACGCAGGUGACUAAGUGUGUG